AUGACGGAAGAGUUGACAAGGCAAUGGAAGAAUUUCAAGCUUACAGAACAGGAGAGUACAGAGAUGGUUCUACCAUCUGAUACCAUGGAGAUGGCAAUGCAUCAAGGCAAAUUCUGUUUGUUAGGAAUGAUCAUUGCAGAGAAACCUAUCAAUAAGGAAGCUUUUAGAAACACUAUGAUCAAAGUCUGGAGAAGUGAGGGUUGGGUACAAUUCACUGAAGUUGGAGAGAAUAGAUUUUUGAUCGAGUUCAAUAAGGAUGAGGACAGACAACGUGUGAUCAAAGGGCGGCCUUGGUCUUUUGAUAGAUGGUUACUAUGUCUACAUGCGUUUGAAGGUAAUAUGCCUGUCAAUGAUAUUCAGUUUACUAGGGAGGAGUUUUGGCUCCAAGUGCAUAACAUGCCUCUCGGCACUAUGACAGAAGAGGUGGGUAAACAGAUUGGCAAAAAUGUAGGGAAAGUGUUGAAAGUCCACUCUGAUGAUCGAGGGAUAGGCUGGGGAAAGUUCAUGAGAAUCAGAGUUGAAAUGUAUAUAACUAAGGCCCUUAUGAGGGGUAUGUUCUUAACUUUCGAUGGCAGGAAAACAUGGGUGCAGUUUAAAUAUGAAAGACUCCCUACCUUUUGCUUAAAAUGUGGGGUUAUCAGACAUAAUGGCAAGUCUUGUCAAUCUUCACCAAAGGCCUCCCCACAGAAUCAAUAUGGGGUUUGGUUAAGGGCUCCCGCAGCAAAAGAGGGUGAUAUAAAUCAGAAAAGAUAUGGUCAUGAUUCAUCCCAGCAAACAAGUGGUGCAGAUCAUUCAUGGAGGAACGAUGGGAAGGUUGGGGAUGAAGUCAAUUUAGGAAAGGCAGUUUCUAAGGAGGGUUUUAAGGAUCCAAUUAAUACCAGUGAUCCAAUUCAGGAAAACUGUGUAUUCUUGCAGCCAACAAAGGAAACUAGUGCAGAUUUAGUGGAGUCCCUCAUGGCAACUGACACUCAGCUCCCUAAAGUAAAUGUCACAUUAAUGGAUUUGGAAGGAGACACGGGUCUUCCAACUUUAAAGGAAGAUCCUACCCCUACAAGGGAAGUUCAGCAGAAAAGUCCACCUAAGCCUGGUCCAUCCAAAAGAGACAGUUCCUUAAAGAAUUAUGAGCCUAAUUCUGAUCUGAGGCCCAGAUUAAUUCUCUUGACCAAUUCUUCACGGAUCAAGCCCAGGUUUUGGCAGCUUCCAAAAAGAGAGCCUCUUGGAAAAGAAGAGCCAGAGAGAAGUGCUAUGCUGAUCUGUUUUUUGUCUCUGAAGUCUAAGCUCCCCUCCUUUGUUUUCUUGAUGGAGACAAAGUGCAAGAGGCAUAAGGUGGAAUGUGUGAAAAGGUUAAUAAAGUUUGACAACAGUUUUGUUAUUGAUUGCAAGGGAUUUAGUGGUGGAUUAGCUUUUCUUUGGAAAAAUGAUGUUGAGGCUGAAGUUCACUCUUACUCACAAAACCAUAUCUCUCUUAUGGUCAAGGGGGCAAAGGAAAGGGAGGACUGGCUUUUGACAGGCUUCUAUGGAUCACCAGUGACUGCUAGGAGACAAUCUAGUUGGAAGUUACUUCAAGCUAUCAACCCUGUGCAUCCUUUGGGGUGGCUCUGUAUAGGAGAUUUCAACGAAAUUCUUUUUAUUGGUGAUAAAAGUGGUGGUGCAGUGAGAGCUUUUAAUCAGAUUGAAUCCUUUAGAGACACUGUGGAGUUAUGUGGUCUGAGUGACCUUGGUUUUGUUGGCAACAAAUUUACUUGGUCUAAUGGCAGACAUGGUGCAUCAUUCACUAAGGAAAUGCUUGAUCGUGCUUUUGGCAAUAGCUCUUGGAUGGACCUGUUUCCCAGCCAUAAAGUCUAUACUCUGCCAGCACUGAGCUCAGACCAUUGCCCCAUCUUUGUGACUAUGGAGAAACAGGUUACGGAUUCACUCAAAUGUGACAAGCCUUUCAGAUUUGAGGCGGGUUGGUCUCUCAAUGGGGAGUGUCAUAACAUUUUGGAGGAGGUAUGGACUAAGCCUAGAAUGGCUAAUAAUAAACUCAAUUUUGUUGCAGAAGGUUUGAGGCAUUGCAAGGAUAAGCUGCUCCUAUGGAGUAGAUACAGAAGGGGAAAUUUCAAAAGAGAUCUUAAAACCAAGAUGGCUCAGUUAUCUGAUCUGCAAAUCAGUAACACAGGUUUUUUGACUGAGAAUAUUAAACAGCUUCAAAAAGAGUUGGAUGGAAUCUUAGAUGCAGAGAAUAAUCUUUUUACUUCUUCUCAGCCUACUAAUUUUGAUCUUUGCUUGGAGAAUCUGGCCCCUAGAGUUUCUGGUGACAUGAACUCUAUGCUGAUCAAGCCUUAUUCUCCCAAGGAGAUUGAGGAAGCACUCUUCCAGAUGAAUGGUUUAAGCUCUCCAGGCCCCGAUGGCUUCCCUGCUGCUUUCUAUCAACAACAUUGGUCAACAGUUGGUUCUCAGGUUUGUGUAGCUGCUUUAUUUGUGCUCAAUUCCAAAGGGAGUAUUGCUGAAAUCAAUAGCACUUUCAUUACUCUUAUCCCAAAAAAGAAGACCCCUUUAAAAGUGUCUGAUUUUAGGCCCAUUUCUCUUUGUAAUGUACUGUAUAAGGUCAUUUCAAAAGCUAUAGCCAACAGGCUUAAAAAGAUCUUGCCUCUUAUUAUUUCUCCUCAUCAGUCAGCUUUCAUUCCCGAGAGGUUAAUCACUGACAAUGUCAUUGUAGCCUUUGAAACAUUGCAUACUAUGAAGUGUAAACUGAAAGGCAAAGAGGGAUACAUGGCUUUGAAACUUGACAUGAGCAAGGCAUAUGAUAGAAUCGAAUGGGGUUUCCUUAGAGCUGUUCUAAGCAAAAUGGGUUUCAACUCUCUCUGGAUUGACUUAGUGAUGGGCUGUGUGGAUACUGUUUCCUAUGCUAUUCUAGUAAAUGGUUGUCCUCAAGAGGUUUUCCAUCCAUCUAGAGGCAUAAGGCAAGGAGACCCUCUCUCACCCUAUUUUUUCAUUUUAUGUGCUGAGGCCUUGAGCAAUCUGAUAGGUAAAGCUGAAGAGAGGGGGCUGAUCCAUGGAGUGCCAGUGGGCAGAGGGCAAUUAAGAGUUUCACAUCUUUUCUUUGCAGAUGACAGUCUAAUCUUCUGUAAGGCCAAUGCUCUUGAAUGGGGCAGGCUCUUUGGUUUGCUUAAAGUAUAUGAAGAUGCCUCUGGACAAAGACUCAACAUUGAGAAAACUUCUAUUAUUUUCAGCAAGAAUACUCUGAGGGUGACUCAAUCAUACAUUCUUGAGAUUGCUGGUAUGAAGUCAGCUUUGCCAUAUGAGAACUAUUUGGGAUUACCUUCAGUUGUUGGCAGAGCAAAACACAAGGCUUUUCAGGGAAUUUUAGACAAAGUUCGAAUGAAGUUAAGCAGUUAUACAGUGAAGCUCUUAUCUCAAGCAGGAAGAGAGAUUUUUAUCAAAGCCGUGGUACAAACACUUCCUACUUAUACCAUGAGUGUAUUUAAGCUUCCCAACUCUUUUUUGAAAGCUAUUAAUAGUGUUCUUCAGAACUAUUGGUGGGGUCAACAACAGAAAGAGAAUAAAAUUCACUGGGUUUCUUGGAGCAAAUUGGGCAAGGCUAAAGAUGCAGGUGGUAUGGGCUUUAGGGAUCUUGAAUAUUUCAACAAAGCUAUGCUUGCUAAGCAAUGUUGGAGACUAAUUCAAAAUCCACACUCUUUGGCAGCCAAGGUUUUGAAAGCUAAAUACUUCAAGCAUUCUGACUUCCAAUCAGCAAAGUUGGGUGCUAGCCCUUCUUUUAUUUGGAGAAGCUUUAUUGUAGCAAGACCAGUCAUCUUUGAAGGGUCUGUUUGGAGGGUGGGAACGGGUGAAAACAUCCACAUUUGGCAACAUAAAUGGUUACAUACUUCCCACCAUAACAUGGUCCUAAGUGAUGUCAAAGUUUUGGAUAGAAGGGCCAAAGUUGCUGACUUAAUUGACUCAAACUCCAAAUCCUGGAAAAGAGAUCUUGUGAAUCAGAUUUUUGAUGGUGGUGAAGCAGAAGCUAUUAUUCGAAUCCCAAUCAGUUCUUUGAACAGCAAGGAUAAACUCAUUUGGAAGGGUACUCAUAAAGGCUGCUUCUCUGUGAGGAGUGCUUAUCAUAUGAUGAAGGAGAGGGAUUUUGCAAAUCAAGGUCAGUCUUCUUUUUAUGGCCAAUUUAAGAAGGUUUGGCAGCAAAUUUGGCACUCUAAUGUACCCCCUAGUGACAAGGUCUUCUUGUGGAGAGCUUGUCUUGAUGCACUCCCAACGCAGUCCAAGUUAUUUCAGAAAAGAAUUGUUGAUAAUCCUUUAUGCCCCAUCUGCAAUUUGGAAGAGGAAAAUGUUGUUCAUGUUCUUUGA